AUCACCUAAAUGUAAGGUAACAAUUCAAAGGGAGCCUAAAAUUGGAGAGCCAGAAGAUCUCCCUGAUUCGUUCUCCUGUCAUCUGGAAUGAAGAGAAGAGUUGUUCAAUGGCUCUUCUUCAUCACUUGUUGCAAUGCCCUCUUACACUCCUUUUGUGAAAGUAGUGCUUUCACCUCACCAGACGCUGCAGCUCAUGAUGGUAUCAAGCCGCCAUUGAUGAAGGAAAAACAACCCAAGAAUGUAUAUAGGAGUCAAAGAACGUUUAAGGAUUUACAUGAAGCACUUUACUUGAGGGACGUUCGGGAAGAAAAGGAAGUUAUUGAUCACAACAAGAAAGGGAAGGGAACUUAUGGCGGUGGAGAUCUUCUUCGUCCUCGUAGCAAGAGGAGUGGAGCAAACUCUUUUCUACUAAAACCCUCUUCCCUCCUCUCAGUUGUGCUUAGAUAUGGGACACUUGGGUUGCUCUCUUCUAUGUUCUUGUACUGAUAGUUUGGUGGUGAUGCAGUGAUGCUUACUUCUCCCAAAUAGGGUCUUAAGUGUUAAGUUUGGCUUUGAUUUUUAAUGACAAAUGUUAAUGAAAUGUUGUUUAUAGUAAAUAGCAGACAGUUAAAUGUGAUAAACUUUUAAUGUAUUAAGUGAAAAUAUUUUGAUUUAAA